UAAGAAAUAAGCGAUCCAAUAAACACUUGAGCGCAUGAGAUUGAAAGUCAGUCGACCUGCCCUUCACGUCCGAGUGUGUGAGUGCGCUGGAGGCGUAUAGUAAGAGAUAUAAUAUUAGCCAGGCUGUUAGCCUGUUGUGAAUAGGUAAAACGUCACUCCAGGAAAAAAAAAAAAGACGUUGUGCGAGAACUUCUAAGUGGUCCCUGUCUCUGCCCCCGACAUGGAAUACCUGUCUCUCAUUGCCGUCGUUUUCGUCGCAUUAUGGAGUCGUGAGGGCUGUGUUCGUGCUCAGUUCAAGGACGACCUCAGCUGCAGCGAUGACGUCAUCGAGGCCUGCGACACUGACUUCAUUGUGUUCGCCAAGGGCCCUCAGUUAGCCGACACGCCGGAGAAACUGGCUGAAAGUUGCAAACGGGAGCUGAAAAGUGCCGAAUGCACGAAGGACUACACGACGCGGUGCCUGGUGGGCUUCACGCGCGGCGCCGCCCUGGUGGCCAUCAAUGCAGUCGUGGAAGAGCUGGAAGCCAAGUGCGACACGACACACGCAGCAAACAAGCGCUACUUCAAGCACGUGAAGUGCAUGAACAUGGCUGGAGAGAAGGCCCACGGCUGCAUGAAGAGGUUGCAGGAAGAUCUGUAUCGCGCCGCUCACGGUGCCCCUCGAAAGCUCAAGAUCGCGUACGCGUGUUGCCAGUACUAUGACUUCUACAAGUGCGGCGAGGAAGCCCUGGCUGAGCACUGCCAGGACCCGGACGCCAUCAAGCUGAUGGAGGAGACGACCGACAACGUGUUCGGCAACAUGCUCAGCAUCAUCUGCGGUGCCUACCAGAGGGACUCCACCCAGUGUCGUUCACUGGAUGCGCUGCCACAGUACAACAACUUCACCGUGGUCAAGAACUUUAUCUUGCCCCUGAAGGCCAUCGUGAGGUCCCUCGGCUGAAUCAUUACAACCAUGCAGUGAUGAAAUCAACGUGCACAUUCUCCUUAAAAGUACUGUUCUUCGCGGAACACCGGUUUAUUCUGUACGUUAUUAGAAACAAGUAACAAUGUUACGCUUAGAGCUACCUGAAGCGUGAUGGCAAUUCCACCAGAGUUAGGGCUACAAGUUAUAAACCCAAUAAGAAAGCAAUGCACCCGUCGGUCAACCCGUUUGUCUACUGUGACCGAUAUUCACGCUGAAACUUUGAAUGUGUAAUAAGAAACUUAUGAGUUCAGUUCUCACAUGAUCAAAUAGUUUUUUUCAUCCAUUAUCAUUCAAUCUUUAUAACAUAAUCACGACUGUUUCAAUAAACUGUGUAAACCCGUU